UGGAAUCCUUUCCUUACCACCAUGGGCUGGUUUUUUCUCAAGGUUUUGACUGCGGUGUUGAGUUUUUUUGGAUUUUUGUAUCCUCUUGUGGAUUUUCACUUCAGUGGGAAAAGUGGAGGCCAGAAACCAAAUUUUGUGAUCAUCUUGGCAGAUGACAUGGGAUGGGGUGACCUGGGAGCAAACUGGGCAGAAACAAAGCACACGGCCAACCUUGAUAAGAUGGCGGCAGAAGGAAUGAGGUUUGCGGAUUUCCACGCCGCGGCUUCUACCUGCUCGCCCUCCCGUGCCUCCCUGCUCACCGGCCGGCUUGGCCUUCGCAAUGGAGUUACCCACAACUUUGCAGUCACCUCUGUGGGAGGCCUCCCGCUCACUGAGACCACCUUGGCAGAGGUGCUGCAGCAGACUGGCUACGUUACCGGCAUGAUAGGCAAAUGGCAUCUUGGGCACCAUGGCCUUUAUCACCCCAACUUUCGUGGUUUUGAUCACUACUUUGGAAUUCCCUACAGCAAUGAUAUGGGCUGUACUGAUGAUCCGGGCUACAACCACCCUCCUUGUCCAGCUUGUCCACCUCGAAGUGGACCAUUAAGGAAUCCUGAGAGGGCCUGUUACACAGACGUGGCCCUUCCUUUGUACGAAGAUCUCACCAUUGUUGAACAGCCAGUGAACUUGAGCAGCCUGGCACAGAAGUAUGCUGAGAAAGCCACCCAGUUCAUCCAGCAUGCCAGCGCCAUCGGAAGACCCUUCCUGCUCUACGUGGGCCUGGCCCACAUGCACGUGCCCUUAUCUGUGACGAGGCCAUCAGCUGACCUGCCCGCUAGAAAGCUGUAUGCUGCAAGUCUCCAGGAGAUGGACAGUGUGGUGGGCCAGAUCAAGGACCAAGUGGACCGCACAGCAAAAGAAAACACAUUACUGUGGUUUAUGGGUGACAACGGUCCGUGGGCUCAGAAGUGUGAGCUGGCAGGAAGCAUGGGUCCCUUCACUGGACUGUGGCAAACUCGCCAAGGGGGAAGCCCAGCCAAGCAGACCACGUGGGAAGGAGGACACCGAGUUCCAGCUCUGGCUUAUUGGCCCAGCAGAGUCCCUGUCAACAUCACCAGCACUGCCUUGUUAAGUGUGCUGGACAUCUUUCCCACCGUCGUGGCCCUAGCCCAGGCCAGCCUGCCCAAGGAUCGGCAUCUGGAUGGGCUGGACAUCUCGGAGGUGCUCUUUGGCAGGUCAGAGACUGGACACAGGGUGCUGUUUCACCCCAACAGUGGGGCGGCGGGAGAGUAUGGAGCCCUGAACACGGUGCGUCUGGAGCAGUACAAGGCUUUCUUUGUCACCGGUGGAGCGGAAGCCUGCGAUGGGAGCGUGGGGCCGGAGCAGCAUCACAAGCUCCCACUUAUUUUUAAUCUUGAAGAUGAUGCCGCGGAAUGUGUACCUCUAGACAGUGGUAGCAGUGAGUACCAGGCCGUGUUUCCUGAGAUCAGAAGGGUUCUUACAGGUGUCCUUCAGGACAUUUCUGAUGACAACGUCUCCAGAGCAGAUUACACUCAGGACCCUUCAGCAACUCCGUGCUGUAAUCCCCACCAAGUUGCCUGCCGCUGCCAAACUCUGUAA